CAGUGGGACCGGUGUUCCCACCCCGGGACUCUCUCGUGGAGUCGACCCCGGCCAAUGGGCGCAGGAGGAAGAAGAGCAGGGAAAUGGACUGCUAUUUGCGCCGCCUCAAACAGGAGCUGAUGACUCGGUGAAGAGACGCCUUCAGUGGACAUGAACGGAGUUGGGUCUUGGAGUCCCUCCAGGACCGCACGCUCUUCCUCCCUGUGUGAUGAUAAUUGCCCUCGCACGUCCCACGGACUCUCCCGGUUUCUUCUCACGACAAUCCCAUGAGGCUGAAAAGUCAGGAAUUAUGAUGACAUGGAAAGCUCACUGGCCUGGAAUGUCCAUGAAGGAGGUGGGUGACGGCUUGCAGGAUCAGAUGAAUUGCAUGAUGGGGGCGCUGCAAGAACUGAAGCUCCUGCAGGUGCAGACGGCCCUGGAGCAGCUGGACAUCUCUGGAGCGGGUCCUGCCCCAGGCUGCCCUGAAAGCCCCCGGACACAUCUUGAGCCCCCUCAGUGGGAGGGUGGCAGAGGUCCUGCCAGGCCCGCAGCCUGCUCCACCUCCAGCCAACCUUCUCUUGGCGGCAGCGCCACGUUUGCAUCUCAUAGGAGUGUGUGUGGGAGGGCUCUGGCUCCCCCGCCCAGGACACAGCUGCCAGGGCACCAGAGCUGUGCCCAGCAGGGGCCAGAGCUGGUGGAACCUGAUGACUGGACCUCCACGUUGAUGUCCCGGGGCCGGAAUCGACAGCCUCUGGUGUUAGGUGACAACGUUUUUGCGGACUUGGUGGGCAACUGGCUGGACUUGCCGGAGCUGGAAAAGGGUGGGGAGAAGGGUGAGAUCGGGGAGGCUGGAGACCCCAAAGGAGGGAGGGGCCCGCCGCGGGAGCUGGGCCGCAGGUUUGCCCUAACAGCAAACAUCUUUAGGAAGUUCUUGCGCAGUGUGCGGCCUGACCGCGACCGGCUGCUGAAGGAGAAACCAGGCUGGGUGACACCCACGGCCUCCGAGCCCCGAGCCGGACGCUUGCAGAAGGUCAAGAAGCGGAGCCAUUCCAAGGGCUCUGGACGUUGCCCCUUCCCAGGCAGCUCGGAGCCCGGAGGAGGGGAGAAUCCUUCCACCAGCUGCCCCAAGGCCCUGGAAUCCUCACCCUCUGGCUUCGAUAUUAACACAGCUGUUUGGGUCUGAAUCUUAAAGACAGAAAUUUGACUGACCCAAAAGGGCCAGGUCCCAGGGCUGCGCCCUUGGGAGAGAGCUGGGCGGGUGGUAUGGCUUUCAAAAGCCUAACUCCAAGUCCCUCCCCCAGAGAACGGAGGGAGAAGAAGCAAGAGGGUCUGGAGCAGAGCUGACAGGCCUGUAGUUGGGAGAGGCUGUGGCAGGGGCUGACUGGUGGGGGAGGUGAGUUCCUGGACAGAGAGAGAGAGAGUGUGUGUGUGUGUGUGUGUGUGUGUGUGUGUGUGUGUGUGUGUGUGUGUGUGUGUGUGUGUGUGUGUGUGUGUAGCUUUGGGGCUAGAGGGGACAGCAGGAGAGGGGCAGGGGGAGGAGACCAGGAAAUCCUUCUGACUUUCCCUCACUGACAUCCCCCAAAGAUCUCAGUUGAGCAAUUCUGCAUGGAUUGAGCACUGGGGCCUCUGGUUCCCCAGAGAUGCUGCCAAUAAAGACCUUGUCUCUUG